AUGGAAAACAUUAUUAUGCCAAAAGGCACCAUCUCUGAAAACACAAACUACAAUCAUCCUCCUGAGGCAGAUUCCAUUGGGACUGCAUUCAACUUAGAGCCAACUGUUAAACAAACUGAGACAAAAUGGGAAUACAACAGCAUGGGCACUGACCUGUCCCCCAAGCCCAAAAGCUUCAAUUACCCAUUGCUCUCGUCCCCAGGUGAUCAGUUUGAAAUUCAGCUAACCCAGCAGCUAUGGUCCCUCAUCCCCAAUGAGGAUGUGAGAAGGUUCAUGUCUCAUGUUAUCUGGACCUUGAAAAUGGAAUGUUCAGAAACACAUGUGCAAGGGACCUGUGCCAAGCUCAUGUCGCGAACAGGCCUCCUGAUGAAGCUUCUCAGCGAGCAGCAGGAAGCAAAGGCAUCCAAGGCAGAAUGGUCUGUAGACCAACGGAAAACUGGUAACUAUAGUAAUGAGAGUAUAGAAGCCCAGUGUGAAGAAAAAGAGCAGAAGUCGAGUGAGGUGAGGACCACACAGAAACAUGAGACCCAGAUUUCCCAUCAUUUAGCAUAUGCCAGUGCCCACAUAGGAUAGCAAAGUGCCCACAUAGGCGAACCUGGGACUCCCAGGCCAUAGCUUGUCUUGGCCAUGUAACUUUGGCCAUGACAGUGAUCUCCCACUUUGCUCAUGUAGACAGUGAAAUAGAUUAGGGCACAAGAUUAGGGCACAAGAAAUAGAUUAGGGCACAAGCUUCUCAGCGAGCAGCAGGAAGCAAAGGCAUCCAAGGCAGAAUGGUCUGUAGACCAAUGGAAAACUGAUGAGACUCCAUCUUAAAAAAAAAAGAAAAAAAAAAAAAAAAAGAAAUGGCCAGCUGGAUGCAGUGGCUCAUACCUAUAAUCCCAGCACUUUGGGAGGCUGAGGCAGGUGGAUCACCUGAGGUCAGGAGUUCGAGCCCAGUCUGGCCAACAUGGUGAAACCUCAUUUCUACUAAAAAUACAAAAAUUAGCCGGGCAUGGUGGCUUGUGCCUAUAGUACCAGCUACUGGGGAGGCUGAGGCAGGAGAAUUGCUUGAACCUGGGAGGCACAGGUUGCAGUGAGCC